GGGAUGACUGGGAUGACGAGGCGCUGUGUCUAGAUAUGAUCGGUAACGGAGAUGCGCCAUCUGGACAAGGAGGCAUGAUUCUGUGGGGAGAACCAUGGGAUCCCAAUAGCUGGGAAGUCACGGAAGACUUUGUCGAGAAGUGGCGGUGGAUCCUUGAAGGGUGUGAGGAGAUAAUCAGGUCGUCUAACUAUUGGAGGGCAAAACGAGGUGAGAAAAGACUGAGGGUGAGAAUAUGAAGACCAAGUGCCUGUGAGUCAGCCGUGCCAAUGAGAGUAGUUAAAAAUCAGGUGGAAUAAGACAAGGUGACCGGCCAGUGUUUGGCUGUUAGCGAGGCGCUUGCAAACAUAUGAUCCGGCCAUGGGCAAGCUGGCGAGGCAAGGGCCAGGCGGCAUUGAUCUCACCACGCCCGAAACACCACGCACUAGAGCAAUUUUGCCAGCUACAUGUACAAAUCCUGCCGUCACUCAUGCGGUCCUUGAUUCGAUUCAACUUCGGGAGGCGGGGGAUUAGUUGCCGGUGUUACUCCUCGCUACAGCAUCAAUUUCGGCCAACAAUUGGGACAAUUCGCACAGAUGGCACUGCGGCCCAUGCAGUUCUACCAAGAGCAGCGCAACGACGGGCGUACUCUGAGGCCUCGAAAGCUAGGGUUCUGCCCGCCUCGCAAGCAACGAUAGAAGAUCAUUUGCGAAAUUGCGACAUCGACAAAUGGGGCUGGGUGAUCUACCGCACCACAUAUGAGGAUGAUGAAGCUUGGGAACGUUGCAAAGAGAUCAUCAACUACCGUGUGUGCCGCAGCCUCGCAAACUCGGACGCACCAGGCAUAGUAAAGAACCUCAGGCUAACGUUUGUUGACGACAAAUCCUUGUUCGACGGGGCCUCCAAACGCGAACUUCGAUCUCAUUUUCGCAACUGGUCCCUGGACGUAUUCCAGUCGGAGAACCCAAAGGCGAAGGAUAUAAACGCAGAGCUCGGAUAUUGGAUGCAAGGCUGUGGUGUUCCUCGAUACGUUUACUUCUUCGAGGUAGACCUAGAGUCCCUGCGGAGCAUCGUGUUCGAGGCGCCCCAACCGCCUCACUACGAUCUCGACUGUGAGAGCCAUAUCAACUUCAUCGACACCUACUGGAAACCGCUGAGGGAAUGGACAGAUGUGCUACGACAUACAGACCAAGAUGAGAUCGAUGACUUCGAGAACGCUCAUGAGCUUAUUGAGGGGUGUGGGGAAGAGAACGUUGGAUGGAUGAAGGUGUCCACCGAGACGAUGGGUUCCGAUUGGUAUGAGGUAUGGCUUGGGAGUAUCGGCGGCGAUGCUAGUAUUUGGUAUGCCUUCUACCAACGCCCGCCUGAAAAGGUGUAUUGGUAAGAAAGCUAUGAGAAGCUUCACGUAUUCGUUCCAACAAAUGCAUCGCUCAUCUGCGUUUCUUUGCGAUGAUGAGCGUGUCCCGGUGCCAGAAUUAUUUUCAAUGAACGAGGCGUAUGUAUAACAGGGGUUGGCGCCAAGGCAACAGAUGCCUCCAGACGCCGCGCCCCUGCGUCGCAGAAGGGGCUUGGAUCGAGGGAACCAACACCUAUCAACGCACCUCAAUCUCACGAGAAUCUCACCUUUCUCGUGACGACGUUCGCAUAAUGGGCUUUCUCCCCGGGCCCUUUCUGAGCCCGAAUGCUCUAUUCUGUUCAA